GGACGAGGGGACCCCAACACAAACAACAACCAGCACACAACAUGGUGCCCGAGUCAGUUGAACACCGUCUCUCUUUCGGGCAACUGUGUUGCCGCUUUGUCCCCCGUUGUUUACGUCCGUCGGUGCCUCCGCCCCUGCAAGUAUCCGCCCGAGUUGCGAAAGCAUGUGCUGGACCGUGUGUGCGCCCCCAUGUCGUGCCUCGGUGACCAGGUGAAUUCGGAAAAGAUGUACGCCAGACACCGACGAGUGUUACAGACUGUUUCUUUGGCCGCUCUUCUGGCGUACAGCGCGCUUCUGGCCUACCAGACGCUGUCACGUGGGCUCGUCGACGAAGAGGAUGUUCUUACUGAGAAGGUGGCACGCCGAAGGGCCCCCUUCGACCGGAGCUUGCACGAAGACCCUUCGGUCGCCGUCACCAGUGAAGCCUCUUCGGCGACGGCCACUCUGCGGCCGCCCACCACCGUCCUCCACGACGUCUUCAUCAGCGUCAAAACCACCAAGAGCUACCACCGUCAAAGACUGCCCAUCAUUUUGAAGACGUGGUUCCAGCUGGCAAAAGCUCAGACAUGGUUCUUCACGGAUACGGACGAUCCGGAGUUCCAGCUCAAAACAAAUGGCCACAUGAUCAACACCAACUGUUCUUCGUCACACAACAGGAAGGCUUUGUGCUGCAAGAUGUCGGUGGAGUUCGACACGUUCAUCGAAACCGACAAAAAGUGGUUUUGCCACUUCGACGACGACAACUACGUAAACGUACCCAGGCUGGUGAGGUUCCUGGGGGACUACAAUCCGAGGGAAGACUGGUAUUUGGGAAAGCCCAGCAUCCAGGCGCCGCUGGAGAUUAUUAAUAAGGAGAAGAAGCACACGCAAAAAAUCAAGUUCUGGUUCGCCACAGGCGGCGCCGGUUUCUGUCUUAGUCGGGCGUUGGCCUUGAAGAUGAUGCCGGUAGCCAGUGGCGGCAAGUUCAUCAGCACCGGAGAGAAAAUACGGUUGCCGGACGACGUAACCAUGGGCUAUAUCAUUGAGCACCUGCUGAAGAAGCCGUUGACGGUCGUCGACCAGUUCCACUCUCAUCUCGAGCCGAUGAAGUUCAUCAGGCGGGAGAUUCUCGAAGACCAGAUCUCGUUCAGCUACGCCCGUAACAAAGAUGAAUGGAACGUCGUCAAGAUCGAAGGAUUCGAUACGAAAUACGACACGAACAGGUUCCUGUCGCUCCACUGCUUCUUGUUCCCGCAUUUCAACUUCUGUCCGAGAUGAGAAUGGGAAAGGGGCGGUUUUUUGCGAAGCUGGUCGCUGAAUUUAUCUGUGAUGCUGUAAAUACGUUCAAAACAUAUGGUAUACCUUAAUUCUACGUCGGUUUUGUGGUGACUAGUCGAUAGAGAGCAACUUAUAUUAACGGAAUUUUAUAAUUGGGCGCUUGUAGACGCUGAUUAGAUGACUUUUAACGAUUCGUUAACAACCAAGAAUUAACAUAUUAUUAACUCUUUUUAUUAGUUUGUUGGCAAUUUUUUGUGAUAAUCAAAUUGUGUAGCUAUUUUCUUGUAUCUCCUUUUAGGUUUUAGGUGCAAUUAUGUUAUAUAUUAUUUGCUCAAAGUGUAUAUUCCAUUGUACAGUUUUGUAUAUAUUGUAUGAACGUUGAAUGUUUUUAUAAUUUUUAAAAUAAACGAUGUAUGUUAUG